AUGUUUGCGUCAACCCUCAGGAAGACAUUUGUCUUCCUUGGACUGGCAACCUACUCGGCCGCAGCCCUAACGACCACCUCAAAUUCAACCCACUAUACCAUCUCCAACUCCCGCUUCUCAGUCGCCGUUGCAAAAUCCAACGGCCAUGUUGUCGAUGCAAAUCUCGACGGGCAAGACCUUCUCGGCCCCCUCAGUGGCAACAGCGGAAAAGGUCCCUAUCUCGACUGCUCCUGCACACCCGAGGGCUUCUGGACCCCCGGUGCCGAACCAGCGCUGGUGAACGGCACAGACUCAACCGGAACACCCUACGUGGGAGUGAUAAUGACCGACACCUACGAGACAACUAACCAGACACUAUCUCAAUAUCUAUUCCUCCGCGGUGAAGAAACAGGUCUGCAUGCCUUCUCACGAGUAACAUACUAUAACGAGAGUGAUUAUUUCCUCCGCGGCCUCGGCGAGCUCCGGACGCUGUUCAGACCGAAUACAAAUCUCUGGACACAUUUUUCUGGCAGCGAAGGGAACUACGGCCCUAUGCCGCUAUCUAGCACAGAGAAGAUCACCGUCCAGGACGCAACAACUUACCUUGGCGAUACAACUGACGACCCUUACGUGUCGCAGUACUCGGACUACUUCACCAAAUAUACCCUUACCGAGAGCUGGCGCGAUCACGAUGUGCACGGCCACUUCUCUAACGGGUCGACCAGCGGGGAUGGGAAUACGUAUGGUGCCUGGUUAGUGCAUAACACGCGGGAGACAUACUACGGCGGUCCCCUUCAUGCAGAUCUAGUUGUUGACGGGAUCGUCUACAACUACAUUGUUUCCGGUCACUACGGCGCACCAAAUCCGAAUCUAACGCAUGGGUUCGACCGCACGUUCGGUCCGCAGUAUUAUCAUUUCAACAGCGGAGGGCCAGGUACAACCCUGGAAGAACUCCGGGCUGACGCAGCGCAAUAUGCGAGUCCCGAGUGGAAUGCUGAGUUCUAUGACAGCAUCGCAAAGCAUAUUCCAAACUAUGUACCGAGUACCGGACGGACGACUUUCCGGGGCAAGGUGAACCUGCCUAAGGGCGCGAAGAAGCCGAUCAUCGUCCUGUCCGAGAAUGAGCAGGACUUUCAAUUGAACGUCUUCAAGAAGGAUUCUCUGCAGUACUGGGCUGAGAUUGACGGGUCCGGUGCCUUCACAAUCCCGCGUGUCGUAAAGGGAACUUACCGCGUGACUAUUUACGCAGACGAGAUUUUCGGGUGGUUCAUAAAAGACAACGUCAAGGUAAUCGGGUCCAACGCGCACACAUUCACCUGGAAAGAAGAGACCGCUGGCAAGGAGAUCUGGCGCAUUGGUGUCCCCGAUAAAUCAUCCGGCGAGUUCCUUCACGGCUAUGCACCAGAUACUUCCAAGCCCCUGCAGCCAGAGCAAUACCGUAUCUACUGGGGUAAAUAUGAUUACCCUUCCGAUUUCCCUGAAGGCGUGAACUAUCACGUCGGCAAGAGCGAUCCAGCUAAGGAUUUAAACUACAUCCACUGGUCUUUCUUCCCGUCUCAGGGCAACCACCUCCGCAACGAACCGUACUACCAGAACGUCAACAACUGGACCAUCACGUUUGAUCUGACAGCGUCCCAGCUCCGCAACACGAAGACAGCAACAUUCACAGUGCAGCUCGCUGGUACACGCAACGCGAACGGGAACUCGAAGUGGAAUCCAGACCCGGCAAAAUACAAUAAUCUCCCCUGGACGGUGAACGUUAAUGGAAUCUAUGAAGAUACGUGGGAGAUUCCAUACUGGCGGAGCGGUUCCUGCGGCGUGCGCAGCGGAGUACAGUGCCAAAAUACCGAACAUAAGUUCGUGUUUGACGCCGGGAAAUUGAGGAAAGGGCGCAAUGAGUUUGUGCUCAGUUUACCGUUUAAUGCGACGAGUGUGGAGACGGCGCUGUUACCAAAUUCGCUCUAUGUGCAGGUUGUGUCGAUGGAAGCUGUUUCCGUGUCAAAUGAUAUGAGAGUUCUAGUCCAGGCAUUUAUGCCACUUGUGACCUGGGGUACUGCAGUAGAGAAACGAGUUCUUCUAACCGGUAUAGUUAGCGUCAGUGCUAUGGCCAAGGAGGACUAUCCAAUGAUAUCAAGGCCGUGUCCCCGCAAGGGUGGUACUAGGAGACGGAAAAAAGAAAGAAAGAAGGAAGGAAAAAAACAAGGCAGAACGGUUUUGGAUGCCCUGCUACAACGCUCGGAGCAAGACAGCUUUUGGUCCCGCUUCUGCAGGUCACCCAUUGAAUCUGUCGCGCAAUAUGUUUACGGCCAGGGCUCGACUGCUCUACGGAAGAAGACGACCGACAACCUAGUUCGCGUGGUCUGUGUAUCCGACACGCACAACACAAAGCCCAAUCUCCCAGAUGGCGAUAUCCUCAUCCAUGCUGGCGAUCUUACAGAGUCAGGGACGAAAGAAGAGCUCGAGAAGCAGAUUUACUGGCUUGACUCACAACCGCACCGAUACAAGAUCGUGAUCGCAGGCAACCACGAAACCUUCCUUGACCGUAAUUACCAUAGCCAUCAUGGGAAUGAAAGAGUUACCAUGGAUUGGAAAUCGCUCAUCUAUCUCGAAAAUACAUCAGCUAUCCUGGAUCUCGGUGCUGGGCACCAACUGAAAGUUUUCGGAUCACCGUAUACUCCCAAACACGGCAACGGGGCUUUUCAGUACCCUCGAACAGAUACUACAACAUGGGAAGAGAUACCUAAGGAUACCGAUCUCCUGGUGACGCAUGGUCCGCCAAAGGCGCAUCUUGACCUUGGGCAUCUUGGCUGCCGGGUACUUCGCCAGGCGCUGUGGGAGAUGGAGUCACGACCUCUGCUUCAUGUUUUUGGGCAUAUUCACGGGGGCUACGGGAAGGAGGUGGUAUGCUGGGACCUGUGUCAGCGGGCAUAUGAGGCCAUCAUGGAUGGGGAGUCGAGAUGGUGGAACCUUUGCGUGCUCUUCUACUGUUGGAUACUGAGGCUUUUUUUCGAUUGGACUGCAGAUGGCCGAGCAACAGUCUUGGUCAACGCGGCAACCGUCGGAGGAGUGCGGGAUUUGAAGAGGCGCGAAGCUAUUUGCGUGGAUAUUCAGGCUGGUAGCAAACGCUUUCUAUCGGGAUGUACUUGA